UGUUGAACGCACCACAGUGCAGCAAUCUCGUAGAUACCCAUAUGAAACCGAUCGAAAUCGGACGUGAUAAUGUGCCGUCGAGCGAUCUAAGAAAGCCAAAAGAACAGUCCUUCGAAGAGCUAAAUUGAACAGGAAAGCCACCAAACCGAUCAUGGUCAUGGAGAUGUCCAAGACGUAUCAGUACCGCAAGGUGAUGAAACCGCUGCUGGAGCGCAAGCGCCGGGCCAGGAUCAACAAGUGUCUGGAUGACCUCAAGGAUUUGAUGGUGGAGUGUCUGCAGCAGGAGGGGGAGCAUGUGACGCGGCUGGAGAAGGCCGACAUCCUGGAGCUGACCGUGGACCACAUGCGGAAGCUGAAGCAGCGCGGUGGUCUCUCCCUGCAGGCAGUAGCCGGAGGCAAUAGUCCGCCCAGCGCCACCAGCACCGCCCACGUGGAGUCCUUUCGUUCCGGCUACGUACAUGCCGCCGAUCAGAUUACACAGGUCCUGUUACAAACUCAGCAAACCGAUGAGAUUGGUCGCAAGAUUAUGAAAUUUCUCUCGACGCGACUAAUUGAGCUGCAGACGCAGUUACUCCAGCAGCAGCAACAGCAACAACAUCAGCAACAACAACAGCAAUCUCUGGGUCGAUUAUCCUUCCCGCUGCUGGGUGGGUAUGGACCGACGGCCGCCUCUGCCGCCGCCAGCUACGGUGCCUUCCUAACCGGCAAGGACGAACUGAUCGAUGUGACCUCCGUCGACGGUGCCGCUAUGUCCGAGACGGCGUCGGUUAGUUCGCAGGAGUCCGGCGCCUCGGAGCCCGUCUGGAGGCCGUGGUAACGCCCUCUAGAUCCUAUCUUAGUAUUACGACCGCAACCCAAAAAUGGCUAUUAACCGUUCAAGCAACAGGAUCCGUUGUCUUCCAAAGUAAAUCAUAACAAACAAAGUAAGUUUUGUGGUCGAUUUGCUAAUCGUCCUCAGAAUUGGUUUUGAAAUACUUCUAGUUUUAGCUACGAUAAUUGUUUUAAUCUCAACUGUGAUAUAAAUAAUGUACGAUGAUCGAUCCAGUUAAUAUUUUCAAGUGCGCUGAUUUCCUACUGCAAAUGUUUCCUAAGUUUAUUAGUUCGUUGCGCUCUCUUAAUUGU